AUGCAUACCACCUUCCCAUUGCUCUCCCUCCUGCUGCCCACCCUCAUCACCGCCAUCCCCAACGGCGCCGCCAAACACGCCGCCCACAAACACCUCCACAAGCACUCCAAGCAACAGCACCAGUCCGUCCGCGUCGCCGAGGCCUACGUCGGCAAGGAGCCGCGCGACCAGCAGUCCGGCGAGCAGUCCACCAACUGGGGCCCCGACGGCGGCGAGGAGAACGACUACGUCGUCCUCUCCAAGAAACACCACGAUUACCACCGCAGUAAUCACGGCUGCGACUUUGUGGAAUGGGAUUGGGACUUGGCGUACGAGGCGCAGCAGAUUGCGAAUUCGUGCGUCUAUGCACACAACCA